GUCCGUAUCUCGAAUAUGCGAUGGUGGGGAGACGUUGAUUGUGAGACAUCACAGUCACUGUCUGAGGCCUCGAUUAGGCGACGGUGCUGUGAAAUAUGUCCGGCAGUUAGUCGUAACUUAAUUGUCCUCGAGAGUGGCGUAACAAGAUCGUCUCCUCUAUCCGUUGUCUCUGACGUAACAAAACAGAAGUCCACAACCUCGGUCGCAGGAUUUAACACCAUGCAUUCUGGUGCUUUUGUUAUUUUCAUCAUCUGUGCCUCUCGAAUUGGCGCACCGGUUGAAACGCACCCGGUUAUUUAUUCGAGUAAAGAAAAUAUCCGUAUAUCCGAGGAUGUCGCGGCUCAAAGAUUGGCUCUACUUCGAGAGCAGAUGAACAUCUAUGGAAUAGAUGCUUACAUAAUUACCACGGCAGACGUUCAUCAGAGUGAAUAUAUAGCGAACCGUGACAUGCGUAGAAGUUGGAUUAGCGGGUACACUGGAAGCGCAGGAACGGCUGUCGUAACGUUGAAUGAAGCAGCUCUGUGGACAGACAGCCGUUACUACGAACAGGCCACCCUGCAACUAUCCGACGAUUGGGUGCUGAUGAAGAGCGGCUUGACCUCUACACCCAGUCUUCAAGUUUGGCUCACUACUGUUCUUGCAGCAAACACAACAGUCGGAACUGAUCCCGAAAUAACGACCUAUUCCCAAUGGACCACGUGGGAUGCGGUGCUCGCUGCCAGCAAUAUAAGUUUAUUGCCUGUAGAGGAAAAUUUGAUCGAUAUUAUUUGGACGGAUCAACCUGACUAUCCAAUGGAUGCAAUUUUCGAUCAUCCCAUAGAAUUCGCUGGUUUGUCACGGGAAGAAAAACUCGCAAAUGCAAGGAUUGCCAUGGCGGAAGCCGGCGUCGAUCUCUAUGUGAUAACGGCGUUGGACGAAGUUGCGUGGCUGACGAACCUUCGAGGAUCCGAUAUUCCAAAUACUCCGGUAUUUCGCAGCUAUCUUCUAAUCACGAAUGAAACCGCCACCAUUUACAUUCCAUCACCAGCGACCAGACUCAACGAAACUCUCAUUGAGGAAUUAACAGGCGGCGAGAAUUCCAGCUUUGCGAUUGCCAAUUAUGAGGACAUCUGGGAGGAUUUAGCAGUUGCCGGAGAAUUAGCCACGGCCAUUCUACUACCAGCACCGUACAGCUACGCUUUGGGAAUAAGUUACCGAGUGUACACAACGGUUCCCUCGAGUAAAGUCAAAUCUGCAACCUCACCUGUGUUGCUAGUCAAGGAUCGGAAGACAGAGGUCGAGGCGAAUGGGAUGCGAAAUGCGCACAUCAAGGACGCCGUGGCGCUGUGUCAGUUUCUCUUCAUCCUGGAGGAAGCGAUAAAAAAUGGCGAGGAAUACGACGAGCUUCGAGCUGUCGAAGAACUAAGCGCCCUUCGAGCUGCUCAGGCGUACAACUUCGGUGACAGCUUCGAUACCAUCGCUGGAUACGCGGCCAAUUCUGCACUGCCUCAUUACACUCCCACAAACGAAACCAAUGUUGUCAUUGGCACCAACAGCACCUUCAUGUUGGACUCCGGAGGACAAUAUUACGAUGGAACAACCGAUGUAACCAGAACCAUGCAUUAUGGCACACCGACGGAAGAGCAACGAGACACUUACACGGCACUUCUGGCCGGCUGCAUCGACUUGGCUAGACUAAUAUUUCCAGUUGGACAGACUUAUUCUACGACUGAUCUUCUCAUGCGGUCGCAGCUUUACAGACUUGGGAGGAAUUAUGGCCAUGGCAGUACGCAUGGCGUUGGCUACUUCUUGUCGGUUCACGAAGCUUGGAACACCACUUAUGACGUCAACUUCUUCGGAUCCCAGGAACCUGGUUAUUACCAGGAAGGAUCCUGGGGCAUGCGACUAGAAAAUUUAGUCGUCGUAGUGCCGGCGAAUACGACGUAUGAUCCAGAAGAAACGUUUCUGACAUUUGAAACCGUCACGUUGGUUCCCUACGCCAGGAACUUAAUUGACGAGACCAAAUUAUCCGACGAUCAGCUGUCAUGGCUGAACCAGUAUCACGCUACAGUGAGGGAAAAAGUUGGUGCUGAGCUUCUGCGACAAGGGCACAACGCGACUUACGACUGGCUGGUUGAACAGACGAAUCCAAUUACAAGACCAAGAAACGUUUAUCGGAGGUUUAAUUUCAUUGCUCUUCCAUAAACUGGCAAUUACGAAAUCGAUAAUAAAGUGAGAUAUUCUGU